AUGUCUGAAUAUCUUAUGCAUUUGCAUUUUCUCUUGCUACUCUUUCUCUGUUGUGUCUCCCCUUCAAGCUUAUUCCUUGUUGAUGAUCUUGUUGCUUGUCUUCCCGACCAGAUUCAAGCACUUACGCAGUUCAAGAACGAGUUUGAUACUCGCCGUUGCAAACGUAGUGACUCCUAUAUUGGACGAGUCAUCUGCGAUUACUCCACCGGUGCUAUCACGACUCUAAUCAUCAGGGCCUGUCUCAGUGGAACUUUGAUGCCCAACAGUAGCCUCUUCAAGUUGCAUCAUCUCCGUUACCUUAAUCUCUCUGGAAACAACUUCAUCUCCUCUUCACUUCCUUCUGAACUUGGCAAUCUCAACAGGUUAGAGGUCUUGUCUCUUUCCUCAAAUGGCUUCAUCGGCCAAGUUCCUUCCUCGUUUAGUAACCUAAGCCAACUAAACUACUUAGACCUUUCCCAUAACAAGCUGACUGGUAGUUUCCCAUUUUUGAGGAAUCAAAAACUGCUCACGGUUUUACACCUUUCCGAUAAUCACUUCUCUGGAAUUUUGAAUCCCAACAGUAGCCUCUUCCAGUUCCAUCAUCUUCAAUACCUUAGUCUCGAGGGAAACAAAUUCAUCUCUUCUUCACUUCCUUAUGAAUUUGGAAAUCUAAACAAGUUAGAGGUCUUGUCUCUUUCCUCAAAUGGCUUCCUAGGCCAAGUUCCUUCCUCAUUUAGUAACCUAAGCAAACUAACCUACUUAGGUCUUUCCAAGAACGAGCUCACUGGUAGUUUCCCAUUUUUGCGGAAUCUAAGCCUGCUCACAAGUUUAGACAUUUCGGAUAAUCACUUCUCUGGAAUUUUGAAUCCCAACAGUAGCCUUUUUGAGUUGCACCAGCUUCAAUACCUUAAUCUCUCAGACAACAACUUCAUACCCUCUUCCCUUUGGAAAUCUAAACAGGUUAAAUGUCUUGUCUUUUCCUCAAAUGGCUUCCUCGGCCAAGUUCCUUCCUCAUUUAGUAACCUAAGCCAACUAACCUAUUUAGAGCUAUCCAAUAACAAGCUCACUGGUAGUUUUCCUCUUUUGCGAAAUCUAAGCAUGCUUGAAAGUCUAGACCUUAGCCAAAAUCACUUUUCUGGAGUUCUGAAUUCCAACAGUAGCCUCUUUGAGUUGCACCAGCUCCGUUACCUUGAUCUCGCUUUCAACAGCUUCAGCUCCUCACUCCCUUCUGAAUUUGGAAAUCUAAACAAAUUAGAGACUUUAUCUCUUGACUCCAAUGGCUUCUUCGGUCAAGUUCCUCCCACAAUUAGUAACCUUACCCAGUUAACCGGGUUAUACCUUUCGGAUAACCGAUUCACUGUCUCGAGACCCUGCACCUUGGGUAACCAUUUUGAAGGAAAAAUCCUAGAGCCUAUCUCAAAGCUCACCAACCUCAAGCAACUCGACCUUUCAUAUAUAAACACAAGCUACCCAAUUGACCUUAACCUCUUCUCCUCCUUCAAAUCUUUGUUUCACCUCGAUAUUUCUGGUCACAAUAUAUCUCCGGCCAGUUUAAGUUCAGAUUCAUACAUCCCAUUGGCCUUGGAAGUGUUGUUCUUAAUGCACUGUGACAUCAAAGAGUUCCCAGACUUCUUAAAGACCCUUCAGAAUUUGGAGGUAUUAAACAUGUUGGGCAAUGGAAUGAAUGGGAAAAUCCUGAGUGGUUAUGGAGUCUUCCUCGUCUGA